AUGGCAUUACAAUUCUUGCUACUACUAAUCCUAUGCACCAUCACCACCACCCUAGCCCAGUCAGCACCGGCACCGGCACCGCCCGGUCCCACCAACAUUACCAAAAUCUUGGAAAAAGCUAGCCAAUUUACCACCCUCAUCCACCUUUUUGCCAUAACUGAUGUAGGUGAUCAAAUCAACACACAACUAAACAACUCCAAACAAGGCAUGACCGUAUUUGCCCCUAUAGACAAUGCUUUCACAAGCCUCGCGGCGGGCACAUUAAACUCAUUGUCUGAGCAAGAAAAGGACGAACUAAUCCAGUUCCACGUCCUCCCCACAUUCAUUUCCACGUCACAGUUUCAAACCUUAAGCAACCCGUUGCGAACACAAGCAGGGGAUAGUGCUUUCUAUAACUUCCCUUUGAAUAUAACUACUUCCGGAAACAGUGUGAAUCUGACCACUGGUGUUGUUAACGCGACCGUAGCCAAUACAAUCUAUACAGAUGGUUCACUUGCUGUGUAUCAAGUGGACAAAGUGCUUUUGCCCAUGAAGUUGUUUGGCCCGGUACCUCCAGCAACCGCCCCUGCACCUCAACCCGAAAAGACUAACCCAACGAAAAAUGGGGAUGAUGAAACUCCAGCCACCAGCCUCCACUCUUCGGGUGCACGUGAUUUGGGUUGUGACUUGCAUUGCUUGAUGAUGGGUUUGAUUGCUUUCAUGGCAAUGUAUAAUUACUUGUAA